AUGCUACCGCCGUCCGAUCCUUGCGCAGACGGCCUGGAGAUGAUCGUUGAGACAGUGAUGCACAACGGAACAGAGUUCUUGCUCGUUUUCUCAGACACCGCCAUUCAUCGAUUUACGGUUCUGAAAGGCACCCUGGGACCGAUGACCUCCCAGGAGUUUCCCCUCUCCGAACUGCCGGUCCAGCCAACAGCGGGCGUGAUUUUACCAGGGAAUGUCAUCGCCGUGGCAACGAGCGAAACCGUCCGCCUCACGCGUUUCACGGAUGGCCCUCUUUCCUGGCUAGGAAUGCCACUUCAGGUGAGGAUGGGUGGCCUUGCCGUUUCGGAAAUGUUUCCCUGGGGCAGGAGUGGUCUUUGCGUGCUCGAUGCUGCUCGGCCUUUCCUGCACAUGCAAUAG